AUGGGGAUCAAAAGGGAAAAUCAAAGGAAGGUCUGCUACUGGUUUGCUUUUCAUUUGGCUAUCCUGUUGUUUGUCGGAAUACGGGCUUUGGCAGAAAUAAGAUACUCUGUUCCAGAGGAGGUGAAAGAAGGAACUGCUGUUGGAAAUAUUGCGAAGGAUCUUGGCUUGGACAUCACCUCUUUGAUUGCUCGACGGUUCCGUGUUGUUUCUGAAUCGAAGGACGCAUUUUUUGAGGUAAACCAGGACAAUGGAUCUCUGUAUGUCCACAAGAAAAUCGACAGAGAGAAGCUCUGUCAUGGCAGUGGAGCAUGUUUAAUAGAGCUCAAAGUCAUAGCUGAAAACCCUUUAGAAAUACACUAUGUGGUAGUGGAAAUUACAGAUGUAAAUGAUCACUCUCCUGGUUUCCCCGAAAAGGAACAGAGAAUUGAAAUAUUUGAACAAACAUUACCAGGAAGGCGUUUCCAACUGCAGACUGCUCGUGAUCCCGAUGCUGGAAUUAACUCUAUUCGAACAUACACUUUAACAUCAAAUGAACAUUUUGAGGUGGAUAUCCGACAAAGCGAUGACGAUAAAAUUCCGUUUUUAGUGCUCAAGAAAUCGCUAGACAGAGAACAAAAGGACAAGCACACGUUGCUGGUCACAGCAGUUGAUGGAGGUAAACCACAAAGAUCCGGUACACUGAAUGUUUCAGUUAUUGUUCUUGACAGUAAUGAUAACCGUCCGACAUUUAAUCGGGAGAUUUAUCAAAUUGAAAUACAAGAAAAUGCUCCCAUCGGUACUUCAAUAUUUAGAUUGACAGCAACGGAUCCCGAUGAAGGCAUCAACAGCGAAAUUGAAUACAGCCUAGGAAAAACUCUGAAGAAAAAAGUCCAUGAAAUUGUGGAGUUGGACAAAUUAACUGGAGAAGUAAGAAUAAAAGGAGUUGUGGACUUUGAAGAAAACGACGUUUAUAAACUUGAUGUCGAAGCAUCAGAUAAAGGAACACCCCCGAUGACUGGUGAGUGUAGGCUAAUCAUUAAGAUUAAAGACGUCAACGAUAAUCCACCAGAAAUUGAAGUCACAUCACUGUCAAAUACAGUGUCUGAAGAUUUAAAGCCCGGCACAAUGAUUGCUCUCAUCAGUGUCAGAGAUAAAGACUCUGGUGUCAAUGGAAAAAUAAUAACAAGUAUAACCUCAAAGGUGCCGUUUGAAUUAAAGCCCUCCUAUAAGGAGAACAUAUAUUCAGUUGUCACAAAAGGAUUUUUGGAUCGAGAGCAGGUGUCACAUUAUGAAAUAACAAUAAAAGCCACCGACUGUGGUGAACCUCCCUUAUCUACUGUUAAAACUCUCAGUAUUCAGAUAUCGGAUGUGAAUGAUAACAGUCCACAUUUCGACCAAAAUCCAUUACAGUUUUACCUGUCAGAAAAUAACCUUGCUGGAGAUUUGAUUUUCUCUGUAAACGCAACGGACAAAGAUUUGAAUGACAACGCAGCUAUUUCAUAUCAUGUUGUGAGAGAAGGGAGUCAAAAUGACAUAAUUUCCUUUAUAAAUGUAAAUCCAGAUAAUGGACACAUCACUGCGCUAAAAAGUUUCGACUUUGAAACUCUGAAAACUUUCCAGUUCCAAGUUGUCGCCACAGAUUCUGGAACUCCGUCACUAAGCAACAAC